ACAAUGAUAUAGACACAGGACAGAACAUGAAGUUUUCUGUCCCCAGAUAGAUACUCAUGGAUCUCUACAAUAUACAUUGGAUUUUAUCUCGUUAUAUCACGGAUUUAUAGUUUAUUGAUAUAUAUUUUACAAGAAAAAGAAGAUGAAUCGAUACCAGAUAAUAAAACAGUUAGGGGAUGGGACCUAUGGAAGUGUGCUGCUGGCCAACAGCGCUGAGACAGGAGAAAAAGUGGCAAUCAAAAAAAUGAAGAAAAAAUAUUACUCAUGGGAUGAAUGUCUGAAUUUAAGAGAAGUUAAGUCCUUACGGAAACUGAACCAUGCAAAUAUAGUGAGACUGAAAGAAGUCAUCCGAGAAAAUGAUCAGUUGUUUUUUGUGUUUGAGUUUAUGAAAGAAAACUUGUACCAGAUGAUGAAAGACAGGGACAAGUUAUUUCCAGAGUCUGUAAUCAGAAAUGUCAUAUACCAAGUUCUUCAGGGAUUAGCUUUUAUGCACAAGCAUGGCUUCUUCCAUAGAGAUCUGAAACCAGAAAAUCUGCUUUGCACAGGCUCAGACUGUGUCAAAAUUGCUGAUUUUGGAUUAGCAAGAGAAAUUAGGUCAAGGCCACCGUACACAGACUAUGUCUCAACUCGAUGGUAUCGAGCACCAGAAGUGUUGUUACGUUCUACCAGCUACAGUUCACCCAUUGAUAUAUGGGCAGUGGGCUGUAUCAUGGCAGAACUAUACACCCUGAGGCCUUUAUUUCCAGGAAGCUCAGAAAUUGAUGAGAUUUUUAAAAUAUGUUCUGUGCUGGGCACACCCAAGAAGGAAGAGUGGGAUGAGGGUUACAAACUGGCAGCUGCUAUGAACUUUAGAUGGCCACAGUGUGUUGCCAAUAAUUUAAAGACUCUAAUACCAAAUGCUAGUAAUGAAGCUAUCCACUUAAUGAAGGAUAUGUUACUGUGGAAUCCGCAAAAAAGACCUACUGCUAGUCAGUGUUUACGAUAUCAGUACUUCCAAGUUGGACAGAAUCUAGGAACUACACAGGUUACCAAUCGUCCUCAGAUUACAAACAAAAUAUCAAGCCCUGUCAACCCCACCCCUACCAAGGGGCUCCAAGAGGAGAAAUAUUCCUUCAGUCCUAGUAAACCAGUGGAAUCCAAACCAGUUAACUCCCCUGUCCAGCCCUCAUUUGGGAUAUCUAAGCCUGUAGAAAACAGUGAACCUUUUGCAGUCUCUGUGAAGAAGAAGCAGCAGCCGAGUGGGCGUAAACGUUGGGGGGCGGGCCUCUCAGAUACGUGGGAUGAUUGGGACGACUUUGACUUCAAUACCUCCCCUAAGAAAAACACAUCUAAAAAUAUUAUCCCUCCAAUCGGUAACAAGCCAAAAUUUGAACCAAAGAAGCAGAGUGUGAUGCAUAAAGAAAAUCAUUUUGAUGAUGAAGAUGACUUCUUAUCGAGUAUACUGAAGAAACCCAGUAAGCCUGCCAAUAGAAUUCCUUCAGGACGAUCAUCUGCCUCCUCAGCCAAGCAACAUUACCUGGGGAAGGCUCGAUACUUGCCAGGUAUUAACCCAAGAAACAGUGCCAAGAAAGACAGUCCAAACAGUUUAUGGAACACUCCAUCAAAACCGUCUGUAGGGGCUUUACCCAGUGUGGGGGCUAAAAACACCAACCUGGGUACCUUAGGUGGGGGACCAAGUGGGUAUGGUAUGAGAAACAAUGCUGACAACUCCAGCUAUGUUCCUUCAUUUUUAUCCAAUACCAAAGGUGGUUCAAAUUAUCCUUCUGUGAAUUGGAAGAGAGCUCAGCCAGCACCCUUAUCAAUAAACAAUAAAAAUUCAGCAGGUUAUCGACAGCCUCUGGGUGGGAAUACAAAAACACAUGGACGCACCGACUGGGCCUCAAAAUAUUUAAAGUCCUGACUUAUUCUGACAGAGAACUAGAUUCCGACUCUGAGCCCUGUCCCACUCACAGACACAUGGACAAUGUGUGGACUCAUCUCACCGUUCUCAUUCUGUGAUAAAUUGUUAUUCUUUAUGUAGAUACAAACACUUAUUUAAACUUUUGUUCAAUCAUGACAAAGUGAAUUGUACAAUACUUAUUGUUCUAUUUGUAUAUACAAAAGUUGAUGGUUGUAUAGUGCAUACUUGAACUGAAUUGUAAGAUACGCAUUAGUCAUUUCUAAUGAAAAAAUGUAUCAUUCAUAUACUAGUUUUCCUUGAUUAUGAGUGUUAAAUAAUUCAUGUACACAAUGUGCAUUUGAAGGUGCUGCAUGCAAUUCCAAAAUUGAGAUAUCCCGUCCAUUUUUAGCUCUACUGGUGAAAGAUCAGAGAAGCCUAUGCAUUGGCAAAGUGUCCAUCUUCAUCUCUCCAUUGCUUUUUUUUUUGUCCAUUUUUAUACAUUUUUUUAAAGGGCUGCUUCUUAGAUAGUGUUUCCAAAUGUCAGUGAAAAUUGGUGUUCAAUUAUGUAGAUGGCAACUAGAUAGAUACCUCAUACUGAUUUAAGAAUGCGUGUUUAUGUUGACAGGAUGACUAAAAAUUGAGUAAUCAUUUAAAUUCUUUUAAAGUUGUGGACUUAUUUUUUUAAAAAAAACUUACUACGUAAGUAGGUACUACAUUAAGUAUGUCAUUUUUUUUUAUUUACAUGGUUACUAAAAAUGAUAUAAUUUAAAUGCUUUCAUAGUGGUACUUCAUGUUAUCGAUUUUUCUGAUUUAAAUAAAAUUUGGUACAUAUAUAUUACCCGAAGAUUCAUUACACAAUAUAUAUAUUGAACAUAAAAGAAUGGCACAUUACCAUGUAAAAUAAUAGAGUAAAUUAAGACAUUCAUUUAAACUAGGUACAAGUUUAAAAGAUUCCAAUUUACACAAUUCUGUAAAUAUCAAGUACCAAAAAGAAAUAUUAUAAAUCCAGGAGAAAUUUUUUAAAACUUUAUUACAAGUUUAAAUCGGUAGAGCAACAGUCCCAUUAGAGACUUUUGGUUAUUCAUUUAAAGUAUGAUUGCAUAGUUAAUGUGGGUUUAUUAAAAAUACACCUAAAAAUUUUAUUAUGAACAUGUUUUAUAUUUAAAUUUUUUAGUCUGGAAAGGAAUGUUUACUCCAUAUGUAAAAAAGUGGCAUACGGUACAUGUUUCUUACAAAAGAGGCCUUCUUUAGGACUACAAAAAAUAUAAUGUAAUGUAAUUGACUAUGUGAGUUCUUACAAUAUCCUCUAGUUAGCUCAAGACUUUGGAUGUGAUAAACUCUCAUUUACCAGGGCAAUGUUUUUAUCUGUUUUGCAUCAGAUCAAAAAUUUUAUUUUAAAGUAUUUUAUUAUUCCAGUAAAUUGGAAGAGGGAUUUGUUUAAUGUUGAAGUUAAAAUUUUUUAACAAUUUAAGAAAAACUGCCAUGAUUGUAUUUGAUAAUGACUACAUGUUUAAGUUUUAUAAUGAUUACUCCCCCUAUUUUCAUAUUUCAGCCAUAUAAUUACUUGCCGUGUCUGUGCUUUAAAAAGGUACAAUGUAUCGGCUGCUAAUUAUCAUGAUGUAGAUUUUAUUGCUUGAAAUACGAAGUAGUUGUUGAAAAAGGUCUUGUUUUAUGUUAAUGGUGUUUUAUUUAAUGCAUUAUUUCCAAACAAGAUGUCCUAUAACAUUGCUCAUUAAUAGAGGAUCAUACACUUUUUAUCACUGAUAAUUAAUGAGGACAAGAGGGAUAGAUGAGUUUUAUGUAAAAGUUUAGAGAAUAAUUAUUUGCUUGUGGUACUGUUGCUAAUUUAAAGGAUUGAUGUCAACAUUUUUCAAUUCUGUCAAAAGUUUUAAGUUCAGAUUGUUUUCUGUUCUCAGACACUGUAUUAAUUCAUGUGUGAACUAAAUAUAAUUAACCAAAGUUCUUUUUUAUGGAAUGGGGUAAAGUGGUUUUUGUAGCUGUAAAAUUCAAUUUUUUUAAGAUAAUUAGCACUCUGCAUCAAGAUGAUGAUGCUCUGUAGUAAUCACUGGGUCCUUCUGUCUGGCUGUCCAUCUAUCAAUGCUUUUUUUUUUACAUGAUAACUGAAAUACCUUUCUGACAGACUUUGUACUCACUACAUACAUGUAGAUAUCAUUACACCUUUAGUGUUGUAGAACAUCUUGUAUAAUGGUACACGUAUUGUUAAUCCUACAGAUUAGGUGGAGAAUGGUUAUAGGAAAACACCUACAGUUUCUAGCUGGGUUAUUUGGUUAAAGGUGGAAGAUCCAGAAUGUUGAUGUUACCAUUUUGAUGCUGUAACUUAGACAUUUUGCAACCUAUGGAUUUUUAUAUAUUCAUUUCUAGUGUAUCAGUGGAGAAAGGUAUAAGAGGUUAUUGAAUAUCAUUAUUCAAAAACAUGGGCAUUUUGUAGCCUAUAGACUUUAGAUGUACCAUGGUAAACAAAUGGAAAAUGAUUUAUAAAUUUUGUGAUCACUUGAUCAAAUGUCAAGGUCAGAGAUAACAUUAUUGACAUGACUUUUGUGAUUAAUUCUCACUUGAAUACAUGCAGGUUUAUGUACAGAAAAAAAAAUUGUUAUACAAGCUUCUUAUUGAUAUUCACUACAAAAUUAAAAAAAACUCCAGAUUUAAAGUUUAAGGUCAUAUGCAACAUACAUAUACUGUGUAAUGUACCUUUCCCACUGAUAAUUUUCCAAGAUAUUCUUAAUUCAAAAUCAUAGUACCAUCAGAUGUUCUGAGACAAAAAAUCAGCAUACAUUACCAGAAGUUUUAGACAGAUAUUAAAUGAGAAUCCUUGUGUUUCGAUUAACAAAAGUACAGUUUAGCUGUUAUUUCCUCAUCAUUUGAUUCAGAGGAGGUUUGCAACAUUAACAGGCAUCAUAAAAUUGCACAAAGGCCCUAAGGUCAAUAAUUGGAACUCUUGAAUCAUACAGGGAAUAAGGAAAUAAAGUUCAAAACUAUGUUAUGUACUAGUAUGUCUAUAAUAGAUCAAUAUUAUUAAUUUCAGUACACUGUGGGAUCCUGGAUGAUUUUGUCAGUUUUCUAUAGUUUUAAUAUUGAUGUUUGGUUCUUACUAUUCUUCUCACAUAUAUUUCUUUUAAAUCAAAACUAAGCCAUACUUAAUGAUGUAGCUGUAGAAAGAUUUCAACAGACACUCUCUAAAGCUUUUAGAAAGAACAGUUAAUUGUGAUCAUUUCAAUGAUGACAGUUGUUAACAGACAAAGUACAAGGGAAGUACAAAUGUUUUAAGCUCAUCAUGGUUGUAAUAAUCAACAAAGUUUUAUAGAUAAGUUAAUUAAACUUGUUUUUAACUUUU